GCUCGUAUAAAAACCCGGGAGACUGCGUCAAUUCCAUGAUUCGUACGAAGUUGACCGACCAAAGUCCCAAAAUGUUCAAGUUCCUGCUGGUAGCUGUCUUCAUCCCGGCCUUGGCCACCGCCGUCCAGGUUCGCAGCUGUGGAGCUGGCUACGCUACCCCGGAAGAGGUGACCAUUGAAGGAUGCGCUGCGGGAACCAAUGAAUGCCAGGUUCAGGUCGGAACCACUCUGAGGGCUACUGCUACCCUCGCCGCUGCUCCCCGCUCCUCGCCUACGGCCUUCGCACACAUCAUUGCUCGUCUAGCUGGUAUCCAAGUUCCAUUCCCGAUGCCCGAUGCCUUGAGGGAUGCUUGCGUGGUUGUCGACGGAAGUGGCCUGGAAACCGGAUGCCCAGUCGUUGCAGGAGAACGCAUGGUUUACAACUUGAACGCUUUCAUGGAUCCCAAUGAUUUCAGCAUCUUCGGAGUCACCAUUGAGGCCGAAGUCAGAAUUGACGUGACCGAUACCGUGGCGACCAAUGUUGGUGAUAGCAUUGCCUGUGCCCGCUUCAACCUGCGAGUCGUCCAGUAAAACAAAAGCUAAUAAAUAUCGUUUUCGGAAACUCUA